UUACAAUGGACUCUCUUGUUGUGGCAAACAACAAGUUUUGCUUUGAUUUUUUCCAAGCAAUAAGCAAGGAUGACGAUCAUAAGAAUAUCUUUUUCUGUCCACUGAGCCUCUCAGCCGCCUUUGGCAUGAUCCGCCUCGGGGCUAGAAAUGACAGUGCACAUCAGAUUGAUGAGGUACUACACUUCAAUGAACUUUUGCAGAAUGAAAGCAAAGAAACUGACUCCUGCCUUAAAAGCAAUAAACAAGUGCUACCUGAUAGCUCUCCAGAAGGGCAGCAGCAAGCAACAGGGUCUCAGGAUGUGCAGCCUGAAUCCUCAAGUGAUGAGAGUAAGCUGCUAAGCUGUUACUUUGGGAAGCUUCUAUCCAAAUUAGACAGGAUCAAAAAUUACUACACCCUGAGUAUGGCCAACAGGCUUUAUGGUGAACAGGAAUUCCCAAUUUGUCAGGAAUACUCAGAUGGUGUGAUUCAAUUUUACCACACGACAAUUGAAAGUGUUGAUUUCCAGAAAAGCACCGAAAAGUCUAGACAGAUGAUUAACUUUUGGGUUGAAUCUCAAUGCCAAGGUAAAAUCAAGGAACUGUUCAGCAAGGACACUAUUAAUGAUGCGACUGUGCUGGUGCUGGUGAACGCUGUUUACUUCAAGGCAAAAUGGGAAAAAUAUUUUGAUUGUAAAAAUACAGUUGAUGCACCUUUCUUUCUAAAUGAGAAUGAACAGAAGAGUGUGAAGAUGAUGAAUCAGAAGGGUCUGUAUAGAAUUGGUUUCAUCGAGGAGCUGCAGGCACAGAUCCUUGAAAUGAGGUACACCAUAGGGAAGCUCAGCAUGUUCAUCCUGCUGCCGUCUCCUUCUGCAGACAAUGUGAAGGUCCUGCAGGAGCUUGAAAGGAAAAUAAGUUAUGAAAAACUAGUGGCCUGGAGUGGCUCAGAAAACAUGUCAGAAGAAACAGUAGUCAUCUCCUUCCCCCAGUUCACCCUAGAAGACACCUACGAUCUCAAGGCUGUUAUACAAGAUAUGGGCAUUACUGAUAUCUUUGAUGAAACAAAGGCCGAUCUUACUGGAAUCUCUCCAAGUCGCAGUCUGCAUUUGUCCAAAAUUCUUCACAAGACCUUUGUGGAAGUGGAUGAAGAUGGCACCCAGGCAGCUGCAACCAGUGGCGCUGUUGGUGUGGAGAAGUCACUGCCGUCUUGGGUGGAGUUUAAUGCCAACCACCCCUUUCUCUUUUUCAUCCGACACAACAAAACCCAAACCAUUCUUUUCUGUGGCAGGGUCUGCUCUCCUUGAAAGGAGUACAGCAGGUGUGGGAAGAAAAUGACAAUGCAGUCUUCCCCUUACUUAGCAUGAGCACUUGCAUUUCUGCCACUAUUUAAAGUUGACCAUAUUCUGUUACCAGCUGCAUGUGCUCUUCCUUCAGCUGUCAGUCUGAGUUUGUCCUGAUCUUUCUCUUACCCCAAAGUUGAUUUUCAUCUCCCUGUUAGUUUUGAACGGAACUUAACUUCCUCCCUUUACUACCCUAAACUUUCAACCAUAUAAAUUCAUCCUCUCUGACUUGAAGUCUAACACAAUUCAGAGUGGUAUUGAUUUAUGUUACCUUCCUCAUGAAGAAAUAUUAAAAGUUCAAAUCAUUAGAUUGAGACAGUUAGGAAGCACCUGGCUCUCCCACUUUUCCUGUCUGGGCUGGAGGGGGCAUGGGUUGGCUAGGGGCUGUUGUGCUCCUCCCCCCACUUCCUUCCCCAACGUAUGGGGACACCUUGGUUUGGUGUCCUCUCUGGCUAUCUACCAGCUACUCUCUACUCUAACAUGAGUGCAGCUCAACUAUCAGCGUGGUGCCCCUUCCCAACUUCUGCCACUUUACACACUACUGUUGCCUUUUUGAAGAAGGGAGGGUGCACCCUGGCAAGCCUAAAAUCAGGGAGCGAAGGAUCUGGGCCCAUUGUUAACACUCCCAACCCCCCCAGGUCUUCUUCCAGAAGAUUCUCUGGUUUUAGCCCUCCUACUUCACUGGAUCUCUGCCAUAACAGCUGAGGCUGUCCUGGAGCCCUGCACCAAUCACAGAUCUGUAGUUGAACCAAUCACAGAUCUGUAGCUGCUAUAUAAGCAGCACUCCGUACACACUUACACACUUCUCUGUUUAGUUUAGGAGGGGUUCCUCCAGUGUACUUACCCUCCUGUGCUGCAGCAUAGGCCCUGUUAAA